AUGCACGCCUGGCCGGAUGAGCAGCCACUGCAGGAGCGGUUGGAGCGAAAGCUGGCUCUCAAGCUGACGCACACACUUCACCUACUUUUGGAGCGUACAUGCGCUGUCCAAAACAUGAGUGUUUUCAUCAGCACUGAUUACACGCACCUGGAACCGUUGCAGGUCUCGUUGUUGCGGCGGGUUCUGAGCAAGUCCUUGCAUCGUGUUGAGAAGCCAGUCCCUGUGGUGCUGGACACUCAACUGGAUGACUACUUGGGUCCACGAGUUCAGCUACAACUGCUUUUUGCACAGAACGCUGAGCAGGUCAUUGCCACGGCUUCCACAGCUCACAAAAGUAAGUUCGUCAUCGUGCUGUUCACAUCAAGGCAGUCCUGGGGGACUCAGCGCCGCAUCAUGACGAACAUAUUUUCCUACUUCCUGCAUCAGCGCUAUAUCAUCGAUGUGGUGCUUCUGCUGGCCCACACGUCCCAAGCCACACUGCAGUCCUACACCUUUCAGCCAUAUACGAGACGGCUUUGUGAGUCCACGAGGCCGUUGAUGCUCCCGAAGAGGGCAUUAAGUGCUGGUCAGCCCUUUCCACACAAGUUGCAACAAUUCUACGGCUGUCCGAUAAGCGUUAUUGUUUGGCAAAUUCCGCCCUACUUGGAGAUUCGUUGGAAUGCCAGCACACCAAAUGAGCGCAUUGAUGGUCUGGAUGCCGAUAUAUUGAAACUGGUGGCGGCUAAGCUGAACUUUAGUCUGAGGCUGGUGUCCAAUGAGCCAUCAAAUCUUAUUGGCGGCUCCACCUACGCGAACGGCAGCAUGACCGGCGCCUAUCGCAUGUUGCGUGAGCGGCGUGCCAACAUCACGCUGGGUUGUGCGGCCUGCACAUCGGCCCGUUCGCAGUACUUGACACCGACGCUGCCCUACUUCCAGAUGCAGUACGUCAUUGUGUUGCUGGCCACCCAAAACUACAGCGCAUAUGACAUCAUGCUGUUCCCCUUCGAUAAGUACACUUGGCUGCUCCUGGGCAUAAGUGGUUUGCUGCGUUUUCUGCUGAAGCGCUGGCUGGGCAGGACACUACCGCUCUUGUUGAGCAGACCACCGCAGAGCAUCUGGCUGGCAUUGAUCUUCGUGCUGCGCAGCUCAUACGAAAGCUCGGUCUUUGAGUUCGUGCACAAUGCACCGGCCAAGCCAAUGCCGCGUACCAUUCAAGAACUGAUGGACCGAGGGUAUAAAAUCAUUGCAGACCAUGCCACCUAUCGCAUGACGGAGGCAAUGCCACGACUAAACCGCAUCACGCGCGUUGUUCCCGGCCAGCCGGUGGAUGUCUUCCACCUAUUGGAUGAACAGCCAAUGCUCACGGGCGCCUUCUCGAGCAAGACCUUCUUGGCCUACCACUUGACCAAGUUUCGACAGCAGCGCGGCAAAUACGCAAUACUGGACGAGAAGGUUGUGGACAAUAUGAUUUGCAUGUACUUUCCAUAUGACUCCUAUUUGGCGAGUGUGGUCAACACCCAGGUCAUCAGAUUGCGCUCCUUCGGCAUCUUCAAUCAGUUCUUUAAGCGCUUCGACUUCGGCACCUUGCCGCCCAUGACUGCAGAGAUUAGGCGUGGCACGCCGCGGGGUAAAGGCAGGACGAGUGACUUCGACGAAUCUAUGCGGUUCUUGCGAGCAGCACUCAAUUGUCUCUUCAUGGUUGAGGGCUUGGCGUUCUGCGUCUUUGUCUUUGAGCCCUACAUGUGA